CCCGGACACUUCCGUCGUCUCCAUAGCAACAGCUCUUGCUGCACCACAGACAUACUGUGUUUGUGUCAGCAACAGGUGACCGUUCCUGUGUUUGUGUUUACCAGUGGUAGAUUUCAGUUGCUACAGAGAGUUACGUGUUUAGGGAAACGAUGGCUGGAAAAAGCGGUUCAUCAAAACUAGACGUCGGUGUUUUAAGCGCUGAGCAGCAAGAGAAACUGCGGCAGUUUCAGAUCAAGACGAGAAUUGACAACGAGAAGUAUCUGAUAUCUCACCCAGAAGUUGAGUUUCUGAUAGGCGGCUUCCUAAGAGAAGUGAUUCUCAAAAGGCCUGAGGACAUCCAUGAGUUUGCUGCAGAUCACUUCUCCAAACCGAACCUUUGUGACACCACUGGUCCCAAAGCAGGAACAAACAUCGACGUGGAGUGAAAUGUGCCCAAAAACAUCUCCUUUAUGUUGUUCCCUGCAAAGCAACACAUGUAUGGUAAUAUUAUUAAUAAAUUUGUGUCAGCUCAGGGUAUUGUUCAGCUGCUUCAUUCUGAGAUUGGUAUCGUGCACAUACAGGAAGCCGGCUAUCAGGGAGGAUGGUAACAGCCUGUCUUAAUGUGUGAUUAUAUUUAAUGAGGAGAGGAUGUCCUGUGGGUAUUAUACAGUGUUGUUUCUAACAUCACACGCAUGAAUGUGAAGAGAUAGAUUUCUGAUUAAAGACUAAAUGGCGUCCCAUGUAUUGUUGCCUUGUCGACACGCCACACUGAUAUAAUUUGGGCGGUGUCCUCCCAACUGCAUGUACUUCAAACACAGCCAGUUUAGGGCAGAGGUAAUAUUUACUUGACUCAUGUAUCUCACAAUGAUUUCUUUUAUUCUCGUUUUUAUAAUGUUUUAGUGUUCUAGACUAUGUCCUUAUUUGAUAAUGAAACUGCUUUUUGUUUGUGGUUCUCUUUCUUUGUUUGCUUUGGUUAUAUAAUUCUGUUUGGAUCAUAUUUGUAAGAGGUUUGUCUUUUCUUAUGGUGUGCGUAUAUCAGUAGCCCGACAGUUCUGAUGAAUUAACCUACACUCAAUUACUAUUAGAAUUAUUGUUUUUAGUACAAUAAUCCCUAAUGGGUUAUUGUCGGUGAAUGGUAAUGGAUGCAUUUUCACCCAUUCAUUCUUCACUUGGGGCCAGCCAUGGACGUUGGAUCUUAUGAUCCCAAACACGAGGCUAACUUCUCAGCUAUCCUCGCGUCAUUCUGUGUCAUUUAGAUUAAUAGGAGCUGCAUUUUUAUAUACACUGUGGAAAGUUGGUCUUGUUGUACAUGUGUUUAUCUAUCAAUUAAAAGUAUUGUCUUAAGUAAUUUA